GGGUGGGGGGGGGGGUUGCUGCGUCCUGCUGUGUCUGUGCGGCGCCGCCAUGAGCUCUAUCGGCACCGGGUAUGACCUCUCAGCUUCCACGUUUUCUCCAGAUGGCAGGGUGUUUCAAGUUGAAUAUGCUAUGAAAGCUGUGGAGAAUAGUAGCACAGCAAUUGGGAUAAGAUGCAAAGAUGGUGUUGUCUUUGGAGUAGAAAAACUAGUUCUGUCCAAGCUUUAUGAAGAGGGUUCCAAUAAACGUCUGUUUAAUGUCGAUCGACAUGUUGGUAUGGCAGUAGCAGGACUUCUGGCAGAUGCCCGUUCUUUGGCAGACAUAGCUAGAGAUGAGGCUUCUAACUUUAGAUCUAACUAUGGUUAUGAUAUUCCACUGAAGCAUCUUGCAGACAGAGUGGCUAUGUAUGUGCAUGCAUACACACUAUACAGUGCUGUCAGACCUUUUGGUUGUAGUUUUAUGUUGGGGUCCUAUGAUAGUGAUGAUGGUGCGCAACUGUACAUGAUUGAUCCAUCAGGAGUUUCAUAUGGUUAUUGGGGAUGUGCCAUUGGUAAAGCCAGGCAAGCUGCAAAAACAGAGAUAGAAAAACUUCAGAUGAAGGAAAUGACCUGUCGUGAUGUUGUUAAAGAGGUUGCGAAAAUAAUCUACAUAGUUCACGAUGAAGUAAAGGAUAAAGCUUUUGAGCUGGAACUCAGCUGGGUUGGAGAAAUAACCAAUGGAAAACAUGAAAUUGUUCCAAAGGACAUCAAGGAAGAAGCAGAAAAAUAUGCUAAGGAAUCUUUGAAAGAGGAAGAUGAAUCAGACGAUGACAAUAUGUAACACAUUGGUACUUCGUGACAAGUUCAACUUUUUUAACUUACAAAAGGUUUGUUUAUAAUGUAUUAAGCAUGGGAUCUUGUUAUGUACUUGUUGGAAGAAACCAAGUGACCAACUUGCACUAAUAAAUUUUCCAUUUCACUAUC